AUGCUGCCACCGUUCGACUAUUUCGAGCACUUACAAGCAUGCUCGUUCAAGCAGAAACAGCGUGAAGAGCGCUUUGCUUCCCUCCCAGCACCCUAUCGCGGUCGCCUCACUCCAAGUCAAGUCGCUAUAUUGUACAGGCCCAUCGAGGCUCUUGUACAGGACGUCAAAGACAAGCGCACCUCCCCAGUUGAGAUUCUUCAUGCAUAUGGCAAGACAGCUGCAUUUGCACACAAGAAGACCAACUGUGUGACUGAGUUGAUGCUGCCAGAUGCUGAAGAAUGGAUCAAGAAAGGCGAGAUCAACCUCGACGGACCUUUGGCAGGCAUUCCUGUCUCGCUCAAAGACAGCAUCGCAGUCGGUGGCUUUGACGUCUCGGUUGGUUACUCAAAAUACGUGAAUCAGCCGUAUGCACAAGAUGGCUCUCUGGUCAGGUUGCUAAAGAGCGCGGGCGCAAUACCACAUGUCAAGACUGCACUUCCAAUUACUCUGCUGUCUUUCGAGUCCACAAACGAUGUCUGGGGUGUAUGUCGCAACCCGCACAACCCCAAGUACUCGCCUGGUGGCAGCACUGGCGGUGAGGGUGCUAUAUUGGCCAUGAACGGCUCUCGUAUCGGCAUCGGUUCAGAUGUUGCGGGAAGUGUACGUGCUCCUGCUGCUUGGUCCGGCAUAUUCUCUCUGCGCUGCUCAACUGGUCGUUGGCCUAAGAUGGGCAUGAAUACCUCCAUGCCUGGUCAAGAAGGUAUUCCAUCUGUUUUCUCGCCCAUGGCACGCACCCUAGACGAUCUGACCUAUUUCACCAAGUCUUUCAUCAGCAUGAAGCCAUGGCAAUUCGACUAUACCUGCCACCCAAACCUCUACUGGCGACAGGACGCCUACGACGAGACGAUGAACAAAGAGACUCUGCGCGUCGGUGUCAUGCGCUCUGACGGCGUUGUGCCGCCCUCUCCUGCCAUCGCUCGUGGUCUCGAGCUCACAAUUUCUGCCCUUAGAGCGUCAGGCCACACCAUAGUAGAAAUCACCCAAGACAAGUUUUCCGAAAACCACAAACCCCUCGACGCGCUCCGCAUUGCUUCGACCCUACUCUGCUCCGACGGCGGCAAGACAUACAAGUCCUUCUUCCGCACAGGCGAAUGGAACGACAGCGGUGCCCGCCAACUCUACUUCUACGCUUCCAGACUCCCCAGCCUAUUCCGCUACAUCCACUACCUCUGGGUCCGCUACGUCCGCCGCGACCCCAUCUGGGCCAGCCUCCUCCAAAACUUCAAACACCUCUCCGCCCAAGAGAACUGGCAGUGGGUCGCCAAACGCGAAGCCUUCCGCUCAACCUGGUUCGACUGGCUCUCCAAACCCGAACAAUCCUUCGACCUGAUUCUCACCCCCGUCAACGCCACGCCCGCCCUGCCCCACAACGGCAUGCACGACGCCGUCAGUUCCUGCGGCUAUACCUUCCUCUUCAAUCUGCUCGACUAUACCGCUGGCGUCAUCCCGGUUACGAAAGUUGACAAAGUUCUUGACAAGCUCCCUGCGGACUUCAGGGCGACGAAUGGCGUCAUGGCGGGUGCGUACAAGUAUUAUGACAGUGAGGCCAUGGAGGGGUUGCCGUGUGCGGUGCAGGUUGUUGGGGGUGUGCCGUGGCGGUUACAGGAGGAGAAGACGUUGGCGGCGAUGAGGAGGGUUGUGGAUGCGUUGGAGAGUAAUGGGGUUGGGUAUGCGCAUAUCAAGGUUGAGAAUUUGAUGCAGGUGGAGGAGGGUGAGAGUGAGAAGGCUUAUUAG